UUGGAAACAAUACCGCGCGGUGCACAGUGGCCUCCUCCCGCGCCAGCCAGCCAGCUGCCGCCGCCGCCCCUGCCCGCGCCUCUCGCCACCCGCCGCAGCCCGCUGGGCUCUUUCCCUCCUUCCCAAUUGAGUCUGGGCGCCAAGCCCCCGAGUGCUCGUCACGCUGGACCCUGGCGCGGAGCCCUGGCAUCACGACUCGGAGGCCGAGACUCUCUCCUGGAGUCACCCAGGGGAGAUGGAGCCGCCUCAGUGUGUGGAGGAGCUGGAGGAUGAUGUGUUCCAGCCAGACGACGGGGAGCCGGGGACGCAGCCCGGGAGCUUGCUCUCUGCUGACCUGUUUGCCCAGAGCCAACUGGACUGCCCCCUCAGCCGUCUGCAUCUCUUCCCUCUCACCCACUGCUGUGGCCCUGGGCUUCGACCCACCAGCCAGGAAGACAAGGCCACCCAGACCCUCAGUCCGGCCUCCCCGAGUCAGGGUGUCAUGCUGCCUUGUGGGGUGACCCAAGAACCCCAGCGACUCUUUUAUGGCAAUGCUGGCUACCGGCUCCCUCUCCCGGCCAGUUUCCCUGCAGGCUUGCCCCUUGGGGGGCAGCCCCCUGAAGGGCAGUGGCAGCAUCGAGCAGAGGUACAGAUUGCCCGAAAGCUUCAGUGCAUUGCAGACCAGUUCCAUCGGCUUCACAUGCAGCAACACCAGCAAAACCAAAAUCGAAUGUGGUGGCAGAUCCUUCUCUUCCUACACAACCUCGCUUUGAAUGCUGAUGAGAACAGGAAUGGGGCAGGUCCCAGGUGAGGCUGGGCUGCCCUCUUUGUACGGGGCACCCACUGCAGGAAGGACAUCGGCGAGGAC